GCUUCAGCAAGACGCAUGAUGACAUUACUUGUAGGGCAGUUGAACGAUUCGAGAAAUGCCCCAAACUACAAGCACAUUCUGGCAUCAAUGAAAGAAAUUGGGACAACGUACAUACACAUACUUAGGGAACAUAAAGAACUAAUUAUAUCUUUCAAGGAAAGUGCCCCAGAAGUCGUAAAGGAAUCUAUUGAUUUAAUGGAGGGUAGAAGCUUGAAAACAGUUACUGAGCAAGUGGUCUAUGUAAAAGGCGACGUCGAUGAACUUGACGACCGUGUCACUGUGACACAAGAACACAUUUCUGAAUUAAAUAUAACAGCUGAGUCAACAGCAAAUGCAACUGUGGACGCCAUAGGAGAUAUUGCCGCACAUGAGAAACGAUUUAAUGAACUUGAAGAUAAGGUAGACGACACCAUUCAGAAAGUAGAAGAAGUUGACCAAAAGACAGUCAGCAAUGCUCCAUCCUGGUCAGUCGAUGUAUCAACUCUUCUCAAUGUCGAAGAUGGCCGUGAUUGGCGUUUUCUGGCAAUACGACUUGGUUAUCUAUCAGAAGACAUUCGGCAGUUGGCUACGGCGCAGAAUCCAACUAUGUCGUUACUAAGUGAGUGGUACUCAACACACAAGUAUAGGGAAGCAACGUUUGCUGUGAUGACGUCAUUGAAAGAGCUAGGCAGAAGUGAAUGCGUUAAUAUCAUUGAGGACGCUCUCAAUGCUUCUGGAGAGACGGUUUUAGAAAAGCCAUCCGACUUAACGCAUCCUCCCGUGUUCAUAAGUUACCAAUGGGACCACCAAUCAGAGGUGAAAACAUUAAAAGAACAUUUAGAGAUGGCUGGAUAUGAAUGUUGGAUGGAUAUUGGACAAAUGGGCGGAGGCGAUAAACUUUAUGAGAAAAUUGAUGAAGGACUAAGAGGAGCUAAAAUAGUUUUAUCAAUGUGUUCUGAGAAGUAUUCACAUUCUAAAAACUGCAAUCAUGAGAUGAGUCUAGCAAAUUUACUAAAUAAACCAAUAGUACCAAUAUUGCUUGAAGAUAUAGACUGGCCACCGGCUGGACCAAUGGGU